UCUAAGGCGCUCGCGUCCAGUUAAGGGUGCUGGCAUCCAGCUAAGGGUGCUGGCGUCCAGCUAAGGGGGCCGGCGUCCAGCUAAGGGGGGGUGGCGUCCAGCUAAGGGUGCUGGCGUCCAGCUAGUGGGUUCGAUGUGAGGGAAAACACAGGAUUCGAUCCGCAGACCCCAAGUGACAGGGUGAGGCAAGGGAGGGGGUUUCAGACCCCAAGUUACAUUGUGAGGCAAGGGAGGGGGUUUCAGACCCCAAGUUACAUUGUGAGGCAAGGGAGGGGUUUCAGACCCCAAGUUACAUUGUGAGGCAAGGGAGGGGUUUCAGACCCCAAGUGACAGGGUGAGGCAAGGGAGGGGUUUCAGACCCCAAGUUACAUUGUGAGGCAAGGGAGGGGGUUUCAGACCCCAAGUUAGAUUGUGAGGCAAGGGAGGGGUUUCAGACCCCAAGUUACAUUGUGAGGCAAGGGAGGGGGUUCAGACCCCAAGUUACAUUGUGAGGCAAGGGAGGGGGUUUCAGACCCCAAGUUACAUUGUGAGGCAAGGGAGGGGUUUCAGACCCCAAGUAACAUUGUGAGGCAAGGGAGGGGUUUCAGACCCCAAGUUACAUUGUGAGGCAAGGGAGGGGGUUUCAGACCCCAAGUUACAUGGUGAGGCAAGGGAGGGGGUUUCAGACCCCAAGUUACAUGGUGAGGCAAGGGAGGGGUUUCAGACCCCAAGUUACACGGUGAGGCAAGGGAGGGGGUUUCAGACCCCAAGUUGCAAGGUGAGGCAAGGGAGGGGGUUUCAGACCCCAAGUUUCAAGGUGAGGCAAGGGAGGGGGUUUUAGACCCCAAGUUUCAAGGUUAGGCAAGGGAGGGGUUUCAGACCCCAAGUUACACGGUGAGGCAAGGGAGGGGGUUUCAGACCCCUAGUUACAGGGUGAGGCAAUGGCGGGGAUUUCAGACCCCAAGUUACAAUGUGAGGCAAGGGAGGGUGGUUUCAAGCCCCAAGUUACAAGGUGAGGCAAGGGAGGGUGGUUUCAAGCCCCAAGUUACAAGGUGAGGCAAGGGAGGGUGGUUUCAAGCCCCAAGUUACAAGGUGAGGCAAGGGAGGGGAUUUCAGACCCCAAGUUACAAUGUGAGGCAAGGGAGGGUGGUUUCAAGCCCCAAGUUACAAGGUGAGGCAAGGGAGGGUGGUUUCAAGCCCCAAGUUACAAGGUGAGGCAAGGGGAGCGGGUUUCAAGCCCCAAGUUACAAGCCAGUCGCUUCCACAUCGCUGCGCGUUGCUUAGGGGUCCUGUGCUUGUUUUCUUGCACUGGCAGCGCUUCGUCUGCCGGUGAGCGCAUAGGAAAGGAGGUCGAGGUUGGUAACGACCUUGAUAUGAACGAGCGGCGGUUGAAUCUCAGCCGUUGAUCACCUUUGCGCCGCACGGAAGACCAUGUACGUGUGAUGCGAUGUUGUAGUAUCUUUUCAUUCUAAGCAAAGUUUAGCAUCCGGUUUUGUAACUUCCUUUUUUCCUACUUCAUGGUUUAGGAUUAUUUUGACAUUUUAAUUCAAUUUCUGCUCUAGGGUUUCCCGAUCUUGGUUUUUAUGGAUCCGGAAAUUCCAGAGCGGAAAGACCCGUCUGCUGAAGCUACGGCCAGCAUUUCUGGAAAGCACUAUUCCGAUGAUAGAUCGACGGCGGGGAGGAGCUUUGGAGAUGCGCGCGGGGGAGGACGGAGAUCGGACGGUGGUGAUCAUCGCGAGGGCGAGAGGGGGAGAGGAAACUACCAGGAACGUUCGGCCAGAGGAUCUAUGAUGGGCUCUGGUCCGAGAGCGUCUGAUUGGAUCCACGACCCAAGGGACGGUGGAGAUUCGGCGAUAUAUGACAAGGAGAAGGAUGACCGUGGAUUACCGCCGAGGGGGCCUGGAGACAGGAGAGGGGGAGGCGGCGUUAGGGUUUCGAACGAGGAUUUGCGAGAGAGGCUGAGGGGUAGGGGACACGACAGGGACAGGAGCAAUGACAGGAACAGUGACCGGGACAGGGAUAGGGUUAAUGACACAGAGAGGGAAGGGGAGGAGGCUAGCGGUGAACGGCGGGAUGUGCGGAUUGUGAGAAAUCCCCGUGAGGAAAGCGAGCGGGGCGCUACAGGUUCGGGUGUUUCAGGCUCGGGCGCUUCAGGUUCGGGAUUCAGAGACUCGAGGGAAGGGAGCGGUGGGCGGGGAGGUUGGGUUGGUGGGCGUGGCAGGUUCGGCGGGGAGGGAAGAGGAGGCGGCAGAGGGGGCGGAGGGGGGAGAUUCGUGGGAGGAAGGCGUGAGCACGCGAGCAGGGAUGCGCGAGGGAGGGGAUAUGGAGACCGUGGGAUGGAAAGUAGGGGAGUUUACGGGGAGGGAAGAGCGGCAAGGAAUGGCAGAGACGCGGGAGACGGAGGAGAUGGCAGGGUGGGUAGGGGAGAGGAGCAGAGGGAAGAGAGGAGAGAUGAGAGGAGGGAUGAGAGGAGGGAAGAGUGGAGAGAGGAGAGGACGGAGGAGAGGAAGGAUGAGGGGAAGGAGGAGAGGACGGAGGAGGGGGGGCACAGGGAUGGUAACACGGUAACACGCAAAGGGGUCUGGUCUAGGUUGGGCGCCGAGGGUCGUGAAAGAAGCACCGAACGAGGUGGGAGUGACAUGGGGAGCAGAGAGAGGAGCGAAGAGAGGGGGAGUGUGGAGAGGAGGGGUAGUGACGAGAGGAGGGGGAGAGUGGAGACGAGAGGGGAUGUGGAGAGGAGGGGUAGUGGGGAGAGUUGGGGAAGUAGAGAGAGGAAGGGAAGUGUGGAGAGAGCGGGAAGCAGGGAGCGGGAGAGGGAGCGGGAGGGACGGCCGUACCCCCAUCGCUGGCAGAGAGACUCGCCCUCACACAGUCACAGCAAGGGGGACUCUGACGGGCGUGACAAUAGUGAGAGGAGGGUGAGGAGCUUCCAGGCCGGCCGAAGUCCUCUAAGUGUGGAAGGGAACGCUGGAAGAGGCGUUGUUUCAAGAGAUGGUUCAGGAGAAAGGAGUGUUUUUUCCAAAGGCGGUUCAAGAGAGAGAGACUUGAAGGGCAGUCGGCUAGGGGCGGAGCCAAGAGUUCGUCCGAGCUUUGGGGACCUGGAGGAAGGGGAGGAGGAGAUGAGGUGGGAUGGGGAGGAGCGGGAGGUGGAGGAAGGGGAGGAGGGAGUGGAGGGGGAGGAUAGGGCUAGAGUGCACAAGGGCUUUAAGGGCGAUGCGCGGAAGGACGAGAGCCCAAGGAGGGGCAGGGUAAGGGAAGAUGGAGAAAAGGAAGUUGGGCUCUUGGGAAAUGUGGGUAGGGCUGCUGCUGCUGCUGCUGCUGCUGAGGAGGAGGAGGAGGAUGGGGAGAUGGGCGGUGGGGCGUGGGGGGAGAAGGAGGGGAGGACGUUGGGGGGAGAGGAGGGGGAGAUAGAAGAGGGCGAGUUUGAAGAAGGGGCGGGGAAAGAACAGGGUCGCUACGGAGAGGUUGGCUUACACGAGCGUGAUUGUAAGGAGAGGGACUGGAUGGAUGACUUAAACGAGUUGGAUGAGGGGGCAGAGGUACGAGAGGGGGUUCAGGGUGGAAAGGCAGGGGCUGUCGAUAGGGAUGGGGGGGGUAGAGGGGGGUAUGGGGUGGAGAGGCAGGGGGAGGCUGACAUGGUGGUCGAGGAGCGGAUGCGGGGGAGGGAGGAGAGGGGGAGGGAGGAGAGGGGGAGGGAGGAGAGGGGGAGGGAGGAGAGGGGGAGGAUGAGAGAGGAAAGGGCGAGGGAGGAGGAAAAGAAGGGGGAGGAGGAAAAGAAGGGGGAGGAGGAAAAGGCGGGGGAGGAGGAAAAGGAGGGGGAGGAUGGGGAGGAGGAGGAGAGGUUGGAUUGGGGGGAGGGGGAAAGUGAGGAGGAGGAGCAGGAUUUGUGGGGCAGUGAGAGGGAGAGGGAGGUAGGGGAAGAGUUUAGAGGCUCAAGGGAAUUGGGGGGUUUGGGAAGGGAGGAGAGAAGGGAAAUCGGCAGUGGGAGGGAGGAGAGGAGGACGGAAAGGGGAGGGGCUAAUGCAAUGGAUGUGGAUGUAUCUCCCCACGACAGGCAACGUCCAGCGGUGGAGAAGGGUGGAGAGGGGGACUGGGAGGUGAAAGGGGAGUUGGAAGGAGCUGAGGGUGAGAAGGGGGGAGAGAUAAGACAGUAUUUUGGUUCCGCAGAGCGGAAAGAGCGAACAGCGGAUGGGAGCCUUACAGUUCUAAGGCAGCAGGCAGAGGUUGCAGGUCAGCAGGGUUUAUCACAGCCCAACGCAGUGGGACGAUCUCCCACAGGGCUACCUACAGGUUUUUCUACCGAGAAGGGCCAACGAGUGAAAGAUGCUGGUGCGGCAGCAAGAGGUGCUCCCAAGGGUGAGAGCAGCAGCAGCAGCAGCAGCAGCAGUAGUGAGGAGUCAUCGGAGUUGUCGCUGUCGUUAGAGGCGUCUGACCUGAGGGAUAGUGCAGAGAGCGAGGAGGGGGAGGAGACGUGGAGGAGGGGGCGGGCUGGAGGGAGGAGUGAGGGGAGGAGUGAGGGUAGGAGUGAGGGGAGGAGUGAGGGGAGGAGUGAGGGGAGGAGUGAGGGGAGGAGUGAGGGGAGGAGUGAGGGAAGGAAUGAGGGGAGGAGAGAGGAGAGGAAUGGUGAUGAUGGGGGUGGUGGGGCAGGGAUGGGCGUGCGAAAGGGCUCCAGGGGUGAUCUGAGCGAGUUGGGUAGAGGAGAGGGUGGGAAAGUGAGCGAGGUGGGGACGGAGGAGGGGGGAGGAGCAAGUGGCAGUGGCGCUGGGGGGAUGGGAAUGAGGCGGGGCUCCAGAGGAAACCUGCGGGAGUUGGAAAGAGGGGAGGGCGAGAGAGGGGAGGGUGCGAGGGAGGGUGAGGGAGGGCAGGGUGAGAGGGAUGGUGAGGCAGGAGGGAGGGGGAUGGGGCUGAGGCGGGGCUCUAGAGGAAACCUGCGGGAGUUGGAAAGGGAGGGGGAGAGAGGGGCGGCUGAGAGGGAUGGUGAGAGAGGUGGUGAGACAGGAGGGAGGGGGAUGGGUGUGCGGCAGGGCUCUAGAGGGAACCUGCGGGAGUUGGAAAGGGAGGAGAAGAGAGGGGAGGGUGAGAGGGGUGAUGAGGCAGAAGGGAGGGGGAUGGGCAUACGAAGGGGGUCUAGAGGCGAUCUGCGGGAGUUGGAAAGAGGGGCCGAGAGAGGGGAGGGUGGAAGGGGCGUUGGUAGGAAGGAGGGGAAGGAAGGGAAGGAGGGUGUGAGGGGAAGGGAUGAAGUUGCAGUGGUUAAAGGGGAGAGGGAGGAGGGGCGUGAAAAGGGGAGAGAAAAGGAGGAGAGGCGUGAGAAGGAGAGAGGAAGAGACAAGGAGCGUGAGAAGGAAAGGGAAAGGGAGGAGAGGGGUUAUAAGGGUGAUGAGAAGACGAGGGGGGAAAGAGGCAGAAGGAGAGAGGAAGGGAGAAGGGAAGAGAAAGAGAGGGGAAGGGGGCAUGAGUCGGAGACGAGAAGAGAGCGGGGGGAUGACAAGGAGAAGGAAAAACAUGAUGAGACAAAAGAGAGAAGGGACAGGGAGAGAGAGGGGAGAGGGCAUAGCAGUGAGAAGGAAAAGGCACCGAUCGCAGAUUCCGAAAAGGGAGGGGAGCAUGGGAAAGGGACCGAGGAUGGGGAGGAGGAGGGUAGGGAGAAGGGCAAGGAGCACAGGCACAAGCACAGGGACAGGCAUGGUCAUGAGAAGGUGGUGAGUAGGAAGAGGGAGAGAGAGGAUGAGGGGGAGGAGGGGAGGGAGAAGGGCAGGCUUAGGGAUGGGCGCCGGGAGAGUGGUGGGGAGGGAAGGGAGGGGAAGGGAGAGGAGGACAGGGAGCGAAAGAGGAAGGACGAGAAGGGUAGGGAUAGGGAGGAGUAUGGCAGGGAAGGGAGGGGAGGGAGAGACAAGGAGGAGACGAGGGGUAGAGAGGAUGGGCGGAAAGAGGGGAGGGGAAAGGAGGAGAGAGGGCGAGAAGACAGGGAGAGGAGAGAGACGGGCAGGGAAGGGAAGGAAAGAGACGAGAGGGGAAGGGAUGCGAGGCGGAGGGACGAGAGGGUGGGCAGGGAUGGGUCGGAGGGUCAGGAAGGAAAGGAUGGGAGGGGGAAGGACGCUAGAGGGAGCAGCGAUGCAAGGGGGAGCAGCGAAGAGCGUAAGAGGCCAUCGUUCCGCAAGGCAGGAGACCAGGAGGGGAAGGAGAAGGAUGGGGAGAGAAGGGGUGAGAGGAUGGAGGAGGAGGGAGAGAGGAGGGGUGAUAGGAAUGGUGAGGACGGGGAGAGGAGGGGUGGGGGAGACGAGAGGAGGGCCAGUGGAGAGGCGCUGACUGGAAGGGACAGGAGCUUUUUGAAGCGGCAGGAGGAGGAAGGGAGGUCGGGUGAUGGGCCUGGGGUGGGGAGAGGAAGGGGCUUGGACAGAGGCAUGGGGAGGGGAGGCUUUGGUAGAGGCGACUUGGACAGAGGCAUGGGGAGGGGAGGCUUUGGUAGAGGCGACUUGGAUAGGGGUAUGGGCAGGGGAGGCAUGGGCAGAGGUGACUUCGAUGGGGGUAUGGAUAGUGGUAUCGGAAGAGGGGGCAUGGGUAGUGGUGAGAUGGACAUGGGUAGGGGAGAUAGCAAGACUGGGGGUGUGAAGCCUGAGGAUGGGAAGGGAGGGGUGCUGGGUAUGGCGCUAGCAGGAGCAGGCCCGUUGGCUAAGGCAAAGAGGAGUGCAGUAGAGGAGGAGUUGGAAGCGCGGAAGAGAGAGAGGAUGAGGCAGAUUGCAGAGCUCGCUAGGCGGGAGAGUGAGGCGGGGGAGGGGGAGGAGGGAGGGAAGAAGAGGGGGAGGAUGGAGGGAGGGGAGGGAGGGGAAGAAGGAGAGGCGGAGGGAGAGGAGGAUGAGGAGGAGGAGGAGGAGGAGGGAAGCGUGAAGAGGAGUAGGUGGGGAGAUGCGGAAGGGGAGCAGAUGGAGGAAGAGAGGGAGGGAAAGGCAGGAGAGGCUAGCACAGGGUCAGGCAGGGGUAGGAGGGCUGAUGAAGGGUGGGAGGCGAGAGGGGAGGGGGGAGAGGGAGAAGUGACUGGUGGAGGGGAAAAGGAAGGGUUGUGGAGGGAGGAUGAGGAAGCGGGGGAAAGGAGGGAGAGGAGGGAAAUGGCAGCAGGUGAUGAGGAAGAGGGACAUGAAGGUGUUGGCGGGUCAAAAUGGGGUAGCCGAUGGCUGGAAGAGGAGGAGGAGGAGGAGGAGGAGGAGGAGGCAGAAGGGGGGCAUAAACGAGCGGGAGGGGUAAGUGUGGGGAAGCGGACGGGAAAGGAAGUAGGGAAGAGCGAGGAACGAGGGACAAGCAGGACGCCAGAAGUUGCUGCGAAUGUGAAGGGGAGUGGCGCAGGAGGAGGGAUUGAAGCAGAAGGAACCCCAGAUAAGGAGGGUAGAUUCAGAGGCAGGGUGGAUGAGGAGGAGGGGGAAGAGGAGGAAGACGGAUCGCACAGGGGUGAGGACACGCCGCGUGUAACGCCGGGCGGGGAUAAGGAGGGUGGCGGGAGCAGGAGAGGGGCGGAGGGCGGUGAAAGCAAAGGAGGGGACAAUAAGGGGGGCGACAGUAUGAAGUCAAGCGAAGAGAGAGGGGAGCAGGCGGAUGCGGGAAAAGAUGCAGGCGCUAAGAGUGAGGAUGAUGAGAACGAGAAGGGCGGUAAGGACGGGGAAGGCGGCGGCGGCAAGUCCCCUGUGCCUGAUGACCUGGCGGCGGCAGUGGGCAGCAUGUUCGGGGGCUGUCGCAGCGUGGACUCCUUUGAACGGCUGGAUGUCCUCGGGGAGGGUGUCUACGGCGUGGUGCACCGCGCGCGCGACAAGGACACUGGGGCGAUCUACGCCCUAAAGCGCGUCAAAAUGGAGAAGGAGCGAGAGGGCUUUCCGCUGACGUCCCUCCGGGAGAUUAAUAUACUAUUGUCUUUAGACCAUCCUGCGAUUGUUGGGGUAAAAGAGGUGGUGGUUAACUCCUCCAUGGACCGGGUUUUCAUGGUGAUGGAGUAUGUAGAGCACGAUUUAAAGGUGCUUUUAGACGCGAUGCCCCGGCCGUUUGGGCAGGCGGAGGUGAAGUGCUUAGUGAAGCAGCUCUUAGAGGGGACUAGCUACAUGCACGCUAACUGGGUGCUACACCGGGAUCUGAAGACGUCGAAUCUGCUUAUGAGCAACACGGGGGGAAUCAAGAUCUGUGACUUUGGGCUGGCGCGGCAGUAUGGCGAGCCGCUGCGAGCAUACACCCAGCCUGUGGUUACUCUCUGGUACAGAGCUCCUGAGCUUCUACUAGGUCAGAAGGAGUAUUCCACAGCCAUUGACGUCUGGUCCCUGGGCUGCAUCAUGGCUGAGAUCAUGACCCGGAAACCGCUCUUCAAAGGCGAGUCAGAAAUCGAGCAGCUGCAGAAAAUAUUUGCCCUCCUCGGAACCCCCACUGAUGACACCUGGCGAGGAUUUUCCGAGCUGCCCGCAUGCAAAAAAGGUGUCAGAUUCCCUUCUUUUACUGUCAAUCGGCUGCGGGAGCUUUUCCCGGCGAUUUCUAUUGGUGGGAAACCGACGCUGUCAGAGGCCGGGUUUGAUCUGCUGUCGCGGAUGCUCACGUGCGAUCCCAGCCGUCGGAUCAACGCUGCCGAUGCGGCGAACCACGCGUGGUUUCGGGAGGAGCCGCUGCCGAAAGCUCAGCAGGACAUGCCACAGUUCCCGAUUCUGAACGAGAAAGAACGUCGGCGUCGACGAUCCUUUCGUAGCCCUGACCCACUGAAGGAGCUUCAGCGGCAGGAGAAGAUGCGGGAAAAGUCAGGGCACACUGGCCUGUUUUCAUAAGCGGUAUAUCCGCACAUUUGGCUAUUAUACCAUACGAUUGUGUUGCAUGUGUUGAUCCAGCCAGAAGUCUGUUUUACGAUACUAAAUUCGAACAUGUAUU